AUGUCGAUCUGGGACAAAUUCACGGGGCGCAAGUCUUCCUCGUCCACAAAUUCAUCUACCACUUCCCCGACAUCCGACACCACCACCGACUCAUUCCAGCCCACUCCUUUCGAUCCCCAAGAGGGUCAAGAUGUUUCUUCCUUUCUCACAAGCUCUACCUUCGCCGACCCAUCACAAUUACAUCCUUUGGCUGGCUUGAAUCAGCAAACAUUAGAUUAUUUGUCGCUGGAGGAUUCCACCCUAUCCGAUCUCCCUGGUUCGCAAUCAGCCUUACCGUCCCGAGGAUGGUCUGACGACUUGUGUUAUGGCACUGGAGUGUCUUAUUUGACGGCCUUGACGCUGGGAGGUGCUUGGGGUCUACAAGAAGGAUUGAGGAGAUCGAAUGGGCAGCCCCCAAAACUUCGACUAAACUCAGUCCUUAACGCGGUUACCCGACGCGGACCAUUUUUAGGGAACUCGGCGGGUGUUAUUGCGAUGGUUUACAAUGGUUUCAACUCGUUCAUUGGCCAUAUCCGAGGAAAGCAUGACUCUGUGAAUAGUGUCGUCGCUGGUGCUAUAAGCGGAAUGAUCUUCAAGAGCUCAAGGGGCGUUCGGCCGAUGAUGAUAUCCGGAGGAAUCGUAGCGUCUGUUGCUGGCGCAUGGGCUGUCGCAAGAAAAGCUGUAUUCUAA